UUAGUUUAUUAUGAACAAACGGCCAGUACAACACGUUGGUGUAAUUUUUAAAUAUUAUAACCUUAAAAAUUAUUCACAAUGUUAAUUUUUUUAUCAAUCACUUUUACCUUAGUGGUAAUUGUGAUUAUAAAUUGGAUAAAAAUGUUACGUGAUCGUAAAACAACAAAUAUUCCUGGGCCUACACCCCUGCCAUUGGUGGGCAAUGCGUUUAAAUUUUGGGGAGAACCAAUCCAUUUUCUGAAACAGAUAGAGGACAUAGUGACAACAUACCAUGAUAAAGCCACUUGUUUCAUCGGCUUAGAACGAUAUAUACUCCUAUCACAUCCGAGGUACCUUGAGCCAGUCAUGUCGAGUAUGGAAUUUAUAACUAAAGGCUUCUCUUACUAUUUCUUGCAACCGUGGUUGGGACAAGGACUGCUCACUUCCACAGGCAACAGAUGGAAGACUCAUCGCAAAUUCUUAACACCAGCGUUCCACUUCAAUAUUCUACAGAAUUUCUUGCCAGUUUUCUGCAAAAAUGCCAAAAUUCUUAAUGAGAAAUUGGCCAAUAUGGCCGAAGGAAGGGACAUAGAUUUAUUCCCGCUCGUUGCUUUAGCAGCUUUGGACAACGUUACAGAAUCAAUCAUGGGCGUUUCUGUGAAUGCUCAAAAAGACAGCGAGUCCCAAUACGUGAAGUCAAUCGAAGAUCUGAGCAACGUGGUGUCAUACCGUAUGCGAAACCCUUUUCUUCAAUAUGAUAUGUUGUUCAAUCUCUUGCCACUGAAGACACGACAAGAGAAAGCGCUAAGCGUGUUACAUGGACAGACGAGGAAGGUCAUAGAAGCACGGAAAAAGGAAGUGAAAAAUGUUAAUAUUAAGGAUUUUAAUCGCGAUUCUGAAUUUGGUAUUAAAAAUAAAAACGCUUUCUUGGACCUGUUAUUAUUAUCUGAAAUUGAUGGCUCAAGAAUAGAUGACGAGAGCAUCAGGGAAGAAGUUGACACAUUUAUGUUUGAAGGACACGAUACUACCACAUCUGGAAUCGUCUUUGCUCUGUACAAUCUCGCGAAACAUAAAGAUAUUCAAGAGAAAAUUCUAGAGGAACAGAGGGCCAUUCUUGGAAACACGAAUAGAGAGCCCACAUACAGUGAAGUGAGCCAGAUGAAAUAUUUAGAAUGCGUGAUAAAAGAGUCCCUCAGGUUGUACCCUUCGGUGCCGUUGAUAGCGCGAUUGAUCACCCACGAUGCCCACGUCGAAGACAUGUUCAUACCAAAGGGAACGACCGUAGUCCUGGACAUUAUUCACAUGCAGCGACGUGCCGAUAUCUACGAAAAGCCAUUAGAGUUCAUACCAGAAAGAUUCAGCACUUUAGAGAAGAUCGAGUCGAAGAACGCCUUCUGCUGGCUGCCUUUCAGUGCUGGACCCAGGAACUGCAUUGGCCAAAAAUUCGCGAUGAUGGAGAUGAAAGUGACAUUAGCUACAAUAUUACAGAAGUUCGUAGUACUGCCCAGCGACAAAGAACCAGAAUUAUGCGCAGAUCUCAUUUUAAGAUCAAAAGAUGGCGUUCAAAUUAAAUUAACACCUCGUCACAACUAAAGCAUUUUAUUAUGGUGGUGAAUUUGUUGUAAUGGUAAAGGGUCUCGUGUAAACAUUUGCUUAUAACUGAUAAGUUGGAAUUGUAGAAUUUAAAGAACUAUAUAAUUUCUUCUUAUGGGAAAAAAAUAGUAUCAAAAGCACAUAUUAGCGUCACAAUUAACUUGUCAAGCAUCCUAUUGUAAGUGAUAUUAAACAAAAUA